AUGCCAUCACCCCCAAAACCUUGGGAAGUCAAUAAUAAUACUGCUACUGCCUCAACCCCCGUCGUAUCUCAUCAAAGUUCAAUGACAGACUCAGCUGUACCAACUGUACCAACAAGACCCUCCACCAUGAAUACCGGCUUAGGAACAAGUGGUUACGGUACGAGUGGUUAUGGUGUUGGUGGUUAUGGUACUGGUGGCUAUGGUUCCAGCAGUUAUGGCACAGGUGCUUAUGGAUCAGGAGGAUAUGGAUCCAGCUACAGUCGAUAUGGAGGCAUGGGAAGCUAUGGCGGCAUGGGAAGCUACGGAGGCAUAGGAAGCUAUGGUGGCAUGGGAGGCUAUGGAGGCAUGGGAGGCUAUGGUGGUAUGGGAAGCUACGGUGGCAUGGGUAUGAACCGAGGCAUGUAUGGUGAAGAUAAUUCUAGCCUGACACAAAGAAUGGAAUCAGGUACAAGGGCAACAUUUGAUGUAAUUCAAUCUAUUGUGGGUGCAUUUGGAGGGUUCGCACAAAUGUUGGACUCGACUUACAUGGCUACACAUUCAAGCUUUAUGGCGAUGGUGGGCGUAGCAGAACAAUUCGGAAAUUUGAAACAUUAUUUGGGUGGAAUAUUCAGCAUCUUUGCAUUAAUACGAUGGAUGAAGCGAAUUUUGUAUAGAAUCACAGAACAAGGGGACGCACUCCAAAUCACAGCAGGCGAGACAAUAGAGGGUACAACAGAAACAUCUGCAGAUCAACCACAACAAGAAGUCGCUCAAGUGUCUCGUAGACGUCCUAUUCUUAUAUUUUUAGCUUUGGUAACAGGUUUACCCUAUUUAAUGUAUAAAUUAAUCCAGAGAUCCAACCAAUUAAGACAGCAAAGAAUGAUGAUUCCACAACAUGGACCACCUCCUCAAACAGCCAGGGUCAUUCAUGACUUUGUUGCUGAAAACGGGAUCGAGCUGAACCUUCGUCGGGGCGAGACAGUGCAAGUGUUAUCUACAGUGGACCCAGCCACAGGCGCACCGUGUGAUUGGUGGCAAGGAAGAUCUGCGCAAGGUGUAAUCGGCAUCUUUCCUGCAAAUUAUGUACAGAUUAUUGGAUAUUAA